UUGCCCCUUGACAAUUCAAGGAGGUUCUUAUAACUGAAUCUAAUAAUGAGACCUUUUUGUUAUGAAUCUAAAAAUGAGACCUUUUUUGUUCUGUUUUGACUUGAGACAUCAGGCUUCAUAGUUUAGAGUUUAGACUGUUUUAACGAAACACGAGUUUAUUGUAAUAGUCCACUCUGUUUUUUGUUUUUUUGGUAAAACUCUGUUUCGUAUGUUUCGCGAGCAUUUGUGUUGUUCACGAUCAUGGCGACAACUCGAACUGCAUUAUCAAAUUCCGCUCCUUUCCCGUAUCGUCUCAUCUCCCAACUGAAAAUAUUCCGGCGUCUACGUUCUGUUCCGGCACUGGUAUCUGAAGAUUCCGACGACGAGCCUGUAGUGUUCCGAUCCAAUGAUCUUCUUCUCCCCGCUAAUAUUAACUAUAUCGACGGCAGUUAUAUUCCCGCCGAUAGACGUUUCUACAACAUGUUGCUGAAGAAAUGUACAGUCUUUAAUUUAAUUACUCAGGGAAGGAUCGUUCAUGCUCAUCUGAUUCAAUCCAUCUUCCGUCAUGACCUCGUUAUGUACAACACUCUUCUCAAUAUGUAUGCUAAAUGUGGAAGUUUGGAGGAAGCUCGCAAAGUGUUCGACCAAAUGCCUCACAGAGAUUUUGUUACAUGGACCACUUUGAUUUCUGGUUACUCGCAGCAUGGUCGAUCUCGUGAUGCGUUACUCUUGUUUAAUCAGAUGGUUGGAUUUGGGUUUAGUCCUAAUGAGUUCACUUUGUCUAGUGUGAUCAAAGCUGCAGCAGCUGAAACGAGAGGAUGUAUUGGUCAUCAACUUCAUGGGUUCUGUAUUAAGUGUGGUUUUGAUUCGAAUGUUCAUGUUGGUAGCGCUCUUCUUGACCUGUACACUCGCUAUGGUCUUAUGGAUGAUGCGCAAUUGGUUUUUGAUGCGCUUGAGAGCAGGAAUGAUGUUUCUUGGAAUGCUCUGAUUGCUGGUCAUGCUAGGAGAUGUGGUACGGAGAAGGCUCUUGAGCUUUUUCAACAUAUGCUUAGAGAUGGUUUCAGGCCUUCUCAUUUCUCAUACGCUAGCCUCUUUGGCGCUUGUUCCAGUACUGGGUUCUUGGAGCAAGGGAAAUGGGUUCAUGCGUAUAUGAUUAAAUCUGGUGAAAAGCUUGUGGCUUUCGCUGGAAACACUCUUCUUGACAUGUAUGCAAAAUCAGGAAGCAUCGAUGAUGCGAGAAAAAUAUUCGAUAGAUUGGCUAAAAGGGAUGUGGUAUCUUGGAACUCACUGCUAACUGCUUAUGCCCAACAUGGAUUUGGAAACGAAGCAGUGUACUGGUUUGAGGAAAUGAGGAGAGGCGGGAUUCGUCCCAAUGAAAUCUCGUUUCUCUCUGUGCUUACAGCUUGCAGCCAUUCUGGUCUUCUAGAUGAAGGGUGGCAGUACUUUGAAUUGAUGAAGAAGGAUGGGAUAGUACCCGAGGCUUGGCACUAUGUCACAGUUGUAGAUCUUCUAGGGCGAGCUGGUGAUCUUAAUAGGGCACUGAGAUUUAUCGAAGAAAUGCCAAUAGAACCCACUGCAGCCAUCUGGAAAGCCCUGCUUAACGCUUGUAGAAUGCACAAGAAUACGGAAUUGGGAGCUUAUGCGGCCGAGCAUGUAUUUAAACUUGACCCUGACGACCCUGGUCCUCAUGUUAUACUUUAUAACAUCUACGCAUCAGGUGGCAGAUGGAAUGAUGCUGCGAGAGUGAGAAAGAUGAUGAAGGAAAGUGGAGUGAAGAAAGAACCUGCUUGCAGUUGGGUAGAGAUUGAGAAUGCUAUCCACAUGUUUGUGGCAAAUGAUGAACGUCAUCCACAGAGGGAAGAGAUUGCUCUGAAGUGGGAAGAGGUUUAUGCAAAGAUUAAGGAGUUGGGAUAUGUGCCCGACACCAGCCAUGUAAUAGUCCAUGUGGAUCAACAGGAGAGGGAGGUGAAUUUACAAUAUCAUAGCGAGAAAAUUGCAUUGGCAUUUGCGCUUCUCAACACUCCUCCUGGAUCAACCAUACACAUCAAGAAGAACAUACGUGUUUGCGGGGAUUGCCAUUCAGCAAUCAAAUUGGCGUCAAAGGCUGUUGGGAGGGAAAUCAUUGUGAGAGAUACAAAUCGGUUCCAUCAUUUUAAGGACGGUACUUGUUCUUGCAAGGAUUAUUGGUAGUGACCUCUGAAAGAGUCAGUGGCUUCUACUGCUGUGUGUGGAGAAAAGGCCAGUCGUUUGGAAUCAUUGGAUGUCACUGCAUCACCCAUUCUAUAUCUGGUGGUUAUAGGUUUCUACCACCUUGAUUUGGUUGCUGGAAGUGCUAAAGAAAGUAGAGGAACGGAUGAUAUGCAGCAAAUGAUUUUGGAAAAGCUUACAACAGCUAACUUUGACCAAAAGAUGCAGAUCAUGCAGAACACAUUGAAGGUUCUUAUUCACACAGUUCUUCAAAUUUUAUACGUGAAAGUGCUGUUUUUGUUAGCAAGCUCUUAUAGCAAGAUAAUCCGGACCUUGGUUAAUAUUCAGCUAAAAGUAGGUGAAUAUGUGGAUACGGUGAAAGCUGGUAUCAAAGGACACCUGUGAAAGUGAUCAGCAUCAGGACGGAUCUGGUAGAUGCUGCAUGGACUUUAAAGAUCACUAAAUUCUCGACUUAAGAAAAGAGAUACGAUUCUUUUAGGAGUAUUUUGUCUUUGAUUUUGUUGCCCAAAUAACUGGUUUCACAAUAAAUAGCACACUUUGAAAUUUUUAUAUGAAACCAUAAGCAUCAUAACUUUCUAAGGUAUCGUUGUGUUUGCUUUUCAUUGAAUGGCUUCUUCAUUA